AUGCCGCCCAUUGCCAUUACACCUCCCAAUGAUGGCGAGACAGUCACAGACCUCACAAGCUCUGGCAUUCAGCACGCUCUUGAGAAGUCCGCUCCUUCGCAACUGAAGUCGGCAUCUCUCACAAACACCAUCACCGCCACACCUCCACCGGAACGGGAAACAAAGGCACAAGCUGACGAGCCACACCUCGCUGAACUGGACGCCUCCAAAGUACAAUGCACAUACACUGACGCCCCACGAUCUGUCCCUGCCCUUGGCUCUGCGGAGAUGGCCUCUCAAAAAGUUUGCACCGACCAUAUGAUCCAGGCCAAAUGGACUGUUGAGGAAGGCUGGGCCGCGCCGACGCUGCAACCCUAUGGUCCGAUCUCUCUUGCGCCCACCGCAUCAUGCCUGCACUACGCAACCGAGUGCUUCGAGGGAAUGAAGUUGUACCGCGGCCAUGACGGCAAGCUUCGCCUGUUUCGCCCAGAUCUGAACUGCAACCGUAUGCUCAUGUCCACGAACCGUAUCGCUCUCCCCGCCUUCCCGCCCAAGGAGCUGCUCAAGCUGAUUGUGAAGCUGUGCGAGACUGAUGGCGCGAAGUGGCUUCCCAAGGAUCGCCCCGGCAGCUUCUUGUACAUUCGGCCCACAAUGAUCGCCUCCGACCCAGCCCUUGGUGUUGAGCGACCGAAGGAGGCCCUCCUUUUUGUUAUUUUGUGCUGCUUUGCGCCUAUGGGCGACAUGUCUGGCGGCAUCAAGCUCCUCGCAUCCCAGGACGACAUGUGCCGUGCUUGGCCUGGAGGCUUCGGUUACGCCAAGGUGGGUGCCAACUACGGCCCUUCUCUCGUUGCACAAGGUGAAGCGAGAGCGAGGGGAUACCAUCAGAUUCUCUGGCUCUUUGGUGAGGACUGCACUGUAACCGAGGCCGGUGCUAGCAAUUUCUUCGUUGUUUGGCGGACAAGAGAAGGCAAGCUGCAACUCGUUACGGCCGACCUGAAGGAGCGCAUCGUUCUUGAUGGCGUAACACGCCGAUCUAUCCUUGAGCUUGCACGCACCAAGCUAGCACCGGGCCACGAGGAUCUCGAAGCUCUCGAGGUCGUCGAGCGCAAAUUCAAUGUUUUCGAGCUCGAGGAGGCUGCCAAGGAGGGUCGUCUGGUCGAAGCUUUUGCGGCUGGCACAGCUUGGUUUGUUACACCCAUCAGCCAGGUCCACUUCCGUGGCAACGAUAUUGAAGUCCCCAUGUCCAAGGGCAAUAUUGGUGCGUAUGCCGACGUGGUUAGGACAUGGCUGAAGGGCAUUAUGUGGGGUAGCGAUGGAAUGGAGAGCCACGAGUGGGGUCACGUUGUCAACGAACAGUAA